CGAGUCACGAGUUCAACCCGAUCGAUGGACGAACCGGAAACCUGAUACAGGUUGUACUCACGUUCUUUACAUCGAUACUUCAAUUUCUUUGAUUUUUCAAAGCCGAAUUCUCAGCUCCUCCCUCUUUCUCAUUUUUUUUCCUUCUUUGCUCUGUGGCUCCCUCCGUCUCUGUUUCUCUCCCUCUUUCUCCGUCCAUCGUCGUUUUAGAUAUUUUCCCGCUAAUCGAGCGGGGGAUAUGAGCUUUUGAAGUUUUUCGAUUGGUCGAUCUAGCUUUUUUUCGACCGGAUUUAUUAGGUUUUGUAGGAUUUCUGUGUGGUUUGUUUGGAUCGGAUUCUGAUCCUCGUCGGUAAUCAUGUUUCUUCUCGAUUGGUUCUACGGCGUUCUUGCAUCGCUCGGCCUUUGGCAGAAAGAGGCCAAGAUCUUGUUUCUAGGGCUUGAUAAUGCCGGAAAGACGACGCUGCUUCACAUGUUGAAAGAUGAGAGAUUGGUUCAACAUCAGCCGACACAGUAUCCGACAUCAGAGGAAUUAAGUAUCGGGAAAAUCAAGUUUAAAGCCUUCGAUUUGGGAGGGCAUCAGAUCGCUCGCAGAGUCUGGAAGGAUUACUAUGCAAAGGUUGAUGCAGUGGUGUACCUGGUUGAUGCCUAUGACAAAGAAAGAUUUGCGGAGUCAAAGAAAGAGUUAGAUGCGCUCCUCUCAGAUGAGGCACUGGUCAAUGUUCCUUUCCUUGUGCUGGGCAACAAGAUCGAUAUACCCUAUGCAGCUUCAGAGGAUGAGUUGCGCUACCACCUUGGCCUGACAAACUUCACCACAGGUAAGGGAAAGGUAAAUCUUGCCGAUUCAAACGUGCGUCCUCUGGAGGUCUUCAUGUGUAGCAUAGUCCGCAAGAUGGGGUAUGGUGAUGGAUUCAAGUGGCUCUCUCAAUACAUUAAGUAGGGAAAGAUCCAGGUAGAUAUUUCAAGCUACCCAGAUGGUAUUUUUGCGUCACUACUACAGUUUCUUACCAGACUAAAAUUCGCAUGCACGUGUUGUCCUUUUGGAUUGGUGUUGAAGGAGGUAUUUAAUCAUCACUGCUAUGUAAAGUGGAUGUGUAAUAGCAAAAUUUAACCUGGUUUGGUAGCUGGUAUAUGACAUUUUUUUUCCAAUUUUACCUUUUUUUUUUGUCUUUUUUGGGGGGAAGGUUAGGGUAGAAAUGUGUUAUGUUUACUUGAUUUGUUUGAAAAUCAGGAUUUGCGGAACCAAUAAUUGGAUUAAGGUAAGUAGUGUAGUGGUGGUAUUUACCCCAGGAUUUUUGACUGGCCAAUUCUUUUGCUUAUAAAGAAUUUUACUGUAGCAUGUAAAUGGUUCCUUGAUUUACCUGGUUCAAGUGCUUUCAGCGUCUC